GGAGCACACUCUGAUGGGGAAGCCCACUGACAAUCACACAUCCUAAUCUGAUUAUGCAAAUAUCUACUUCAAAAAGCAAUACGCUGUAACCCUUAGCCUGUGGUGGGAAGAGAGAGCAAAGGAGGAGGAAAGAGGCGAGGAAGUGGCAGAAAUGUAGAGGAAAACAAGGAAGGGAAGUUAAAAGUGGAAAAUAUACAGGCCACCUCAGUGAUUUAGCAGUUUAGCAUGCGACACCCUGAUGUCAGGUUCUCCCUAACAUCCUCUGUGCCACCAGAGGAGGUCUGAGAACAAAACACUAUACACUUACAGAUUCUGAAUGGCCAACGAAUCCCUCAACGCCAUUGAAUUCAAUAUUCAAAUGCUUAUUGUUUUUCCAGACACUCCCAAAACCAGCGUCAAAAGGAAUCUACAAUGUUAAUGAGGGGGCCAAAGCACCCGGACUUAGGGUUUAGACACCCAAACAGGGUGACACCCCAAACACUGGAGAGUGACAUUUCCAAGGAAAAGGACUUCAACAUUAUGAGUAACGCUCGCUUAAUUGAGAAAGCCUGACAUCAAGUACAGGUGCGUCGGUUUUGUAGUUUUGCUACAAAAAAGUGAAAAUGUGUCCAAAAAUCUGUCACAAUCUGCUGUAUCUUGGUGUGAAGCCCAUUUAAAUCUUAGGAAUUUACGCUUUAUCCACUAACAAACUUGAUAUGCGUGGGACCAUUGCCUAAUGGCUUAUACUGUACGUUGUAAUAGUGGAGACGUGAGCCAGAGUUCAGCUUUGUCGAGUUAAUGAUUUUCAUAACUAGUGCAAAAGAUCAGGAAACCGCCGUCAUUCUGUCCAACCAUGGAGGUGAGACAGCGUCUCUCUGCGUGUGCUCUGCUGCUUUUUUGUAUGACACUGAGUACAAAUGGAGGAAACAUCUUGGUGUGGUACACUGAAGGCAGCCACUGGAUCAACAUGAAGCCUGUGCUGGACACGCUGGUCGACAGAGGACACCAGGUGACGGUGCUGGUUCCCAGUGCCUCAAUGUACAUGAAAACCAGUGAACCUUCUCGCUUUCGCUAUGAACCCUUCAAUGUGUCCUUCUCACCGGAGGACAUGGAGAAGCACAUGGAGAACUUCCUUUACUUCUCAAUGUAUGAGAUGGAUCAAAUGAACUACUUGCAGAUUUACAUCAAAUUAAUGGGUUUUAUGAAAACUGACAUGAACUAUUCUUUGAUGUAUUUGGAUGCUGUGCUGAAAUCUGACACCAUGGAGAAGUUAAAGGAGGGACAAUAUGAUGUCCUUGUGGCUGAUCCGUUGUUUCCUGGAAGUGACCUAACAGCAGAGCUUUUGGGAAUCCCUCUGGUUUUCACCCUGCGAUUUUCCAUGGCCCAUAACUGGGAGCGAUACUGUGGUCAGCUACCUGCUCCACCUUCCUUUGUCCCUGCUGCCAUGAGCAAACUGACAGACAGGAUGAGCUUCUCCGAGAGACUGUGGAACUUUCUCUUCUACGCAGGGCAGGACAUGGUGGUGGAACAAGCUUACUGGCAAGAUUUAGAUAAAUAUUACUCUGAGGUGAAAGGAAAACCCACCAGCGCCUGUGAGACAAUGAGCAGAGCAGACAUUUGGUUGAUGAGAACUUACUGGGACUUUGAUUUCCCUCAUCCAUUUCUUCCUAACUUCAAGUUUGUCGGGGGGAUCCACUGCAGACCUGCUAAACCUUUACCAGACGAUAUGGAAGAAUUUGUGCAAAGUUCUGGAGAUGACGGAAUCGUAGUCUUCACUUUGGGAUCCCUAAUCAACAACAUCACCACAGAGAAGGCAAAUAUGAUCGCCUCAGCUCUGGGUCAGGUUCCACAGAAGGUUCUGUGGAGGUACAGAGGUGAAAAACCAGGGACACUGGGUGCAAACACAAGAAUAUAUGACUGGAUCCCUCAGAAUGAUCUACUGGGUCACCCCAAGACCAGAGCGUUUAUCACCCAUGGCGGCACAAAUGGCAUUUAUGAGGCCAUCUACCACGGAGUUCCUCUGGUGGGCAUCCCCAUGUUCGGUGACCAGUCAGAUAACAUAGUCCACAUGCUGUCAAAGGGAGCUGCACUUCUCAUGGACUUCAACACUAUGACAACGGACGACCUUAGGGAUGCAGUCAAUGCUGUCAUCAAUGACAAAUCGUACAAGGAAAAUGCCAUGCGUCUGUCCAGCAUCCACCACGACAGACCAAUGACUCCUCUGGAAGAGGCAGUGUUCUGGAUAGAGUUCACUCUAAGAAACAAAGGGGCCAAACACUUGAGGGUCCAGGCCCAUCAGCUCACCUGGUACCAGUAUCACAGCCUGGAUGUCCUGGUGUUCCUCCUCACUGUGGUCCUGCUGCUCAUAGUCCUCUUGGUGAAGACCUGCACAUUCUGCCUGAGGAGGUGCUGUUGUAGAACAGAAAAGAAGAAGACUGAGUAAGGAUUAGGGAAAAAGUAGUAUGAUGUAAAAAACAUGUCUGUAAAAUUUUACAAACAUUUGUGAUCAUUCUCUGACAGCUUCUAGCUCAGAUUAAAUGUUCUAGCUCUGAAUCCUACGACAAGAAAACUUACUGACUUGAACUUACAGUACAUUUAAAAUAUGAACUUCUUUUAAGUGGUGUGGUUAAAACUAUGAUUGGUUUAAAAAUUUUUUGGUUGUAUGUUUUUAGUGAAUUGAAGUAAGAUUUAGACAAUAGUGUUGUAACCAUGAUUACAGUUACAGUAUGUUGUUGUAUUGUUGAAUCCCACAAUUGUCACUAAAAUAACUUGAAACUGACAGAAGUAAUAAUAAAUCACAUUUCAAUGAAAAUAAUAAAAGGUUAUAAAACUU